AUGCCCCUCUGCUCCUCCCCAAUCCCAACAAUGGACUUUGCUGCGGGCACAACAGCAAUCUUCGCCAAAGUAAAACAUACCAAACUACCUGCCUUAACCUCAACUUGGUCUCAAAUUCAACCAGAGUUGCUCUAUCUUUGUCCUUCUAAUAGCUUUAUUAAGAUCUCAACGAUCAGAAAUGGCCGCCUUAGAAGCAAAAGGAGGAGUCUUUAUCUCGUUCGUUGCUCCACAAAGCCAGAUACUGAUCGAGCAGAAAGUCUGACGGAUGAGAAUUCACAUAGUAAUGCCAGUUUAAACUCUGGAAUGCAAGAACAAGAAGCAUCCGCUGCAAAUAAUAAAGGUAGUGCUUCAAAUUCAUCAUUUUCAAAGGGUUUGGUUUUUGGGUUGGGAUUGCAGGGUUCUUGGGACAAUGCUGAAAUUGGGUCUCCUGUGGUGAAAAGGUACCUCGGUGAUGAGGAAGAGAGGUGGUACAUGUGGUACCAUGGAAGUUCUAAAGGGAACCCUUCAAUGGAUUCAAUUGGGUUGGCAGUUUCCAGCAAUGGAAUUCAUUGGGAAAGAGGUGAGGCUACAGUAAAAUCAAGCAAUGAUGUGGGUUUGACUCUCAAUUGCAGUGAUGAUUGGUGGGCUUUUGAUACACAGGGCAUUAGGCCUUGUGAGGUCGUGAUUAUGUCAAGUACUAAAGUUAGAGCAAAUAAUGCUUUGUAUUGGCUCUAUUACACUGGUUAUAAUGCUGAAAAGGUUGAUUCUUUGGAUAGUUCUCUGCAAUUCAAUAUCAGCAACCCAGAAAUUUUGAAUUCUGGUGCUAAUAGUGGAGCAGAAGGUGACAUCGUUAGCAGGAUUAGUAAGUCAUUGCCAGGUCUGGCAAUGAGUCAAGACGGAAGGCAUUGGGCGAGAAUCGAAGGAGAGCAUCACAGUGGAGCCUUAUUUGAUGUUGGAUCAAAAGGUGAAUGGGAUUCCACAUUCAUUGCCUCUCCACAAGUUGUUUAUCAUAGGGCUGGUGAUGUGAGGAUGUAUUACCAUUCAUUUGAUGUUGAAAAUGGUCACUUUGCCGUGGGAAUGGCGAGGUCAAGAGAUGGCAUAAAGUGGGUGAAGUUGGGUAAGAUCAUAGGGGGUGGAUCAAAAGGCAUGUUUGAUGAACUCGGAGUGAUCAAUGCUUACAUUGUUAAGAACAAAAAAGAUGGGAAAUAUGUAAUGGCUUAUGAAGGUGUAGCAGGUAAUGGCAGAAGAAGUAUCGGUAUGGCGGUUUCUGAUGACGGAUUGAAGCGGUGGAGGAAGCUUCAGGAUUGGCCUGUGCUAAUGCCAUCUGAAGAAGCCGGAUCUUGGGAUGCUGAAGGUGUAGGAUCACCUUGUUUAGUUCAAAUCGAGGGGGAUGGGGCCGUGGACGAAUGGAGACUGUAUUACAGAGGAUUUGACAGAGAGGGAAAGACAGGUAUUGGAUUAGCAGUUUCUCAUGGAUGUGAAUUUUGUCUGUUUCAAAGAUGGAAAGGGUUCCAUUUGUGA